GGCGGAGUUGGUGUAGAAGGUCACGUGUGUAUGUCGUAAUAACCGGCGAUCAUCCGGAACAGCUCGAGCCCGAUCCCUCUGCCAUUGUCCGUCGACCCGAUUCACCCAACGACAUUCGACGAGGCUGAUAACGGCUUCACCGAGUCUAUAGGCUACUCGAGCCGCCAGCUAUAAUCUCCCUCCCCUUUGCCGGCUCCUCUAUAUGGCACUGGGAUGCCUUGCCCGGCGGUAACCUGAUCACCUCCGCAUCGAGUACUCCGCACCCCCAUACGCCACCAUGGAUCUGGUACAGAAGGAGCAUGACCGGCUUUUGAAGAGGCUUAGGACCUCCCAGGGCAUCAAUAAUGUCCAGGCCACUAUUGAUCUACUCCAGUCUGCCCGAGAUACUAUUGCUACCGACCCCAACCAGGCAGCAGUGACCUUGACUAAACUGCAGAAUCCCGUCAAGGCAUCCUUCAACUCAAUCAAUGACAGUCUGAAAGAAACCCAUGGCGGCCUUAACAAAUACACAAAGUCCCUCGAUAAGCUCUUCAAAGAUAGGCCCCUCCCUAGCACUGAGCACGAUGUCCUCUCAGAACAAGAACACCUGAUCAACCGCGCUAUCGCCAUGCACCUCCUCCGCGAAGGUCAAUUCUCCGUCGCAGCCACCUUCCUCUCCGAAAUCUCCGAGCACAAAGCAACUAUGCAUACCCACGAGUCCCCUUCCUCCUCCGCUGCCUCUCCCAAAUCAGUCAGCAGCCUCUUCAACCUUGACGAGGUCCCCUCCCCGGAGAUCCGCAAAGAGUUCGCCUCCAUGUACUACAUCCUUUCUCAGAUGAAAGAGCAAAGGAACCUCCUCCCCGCUAUUGAAUGGUCUCGCGAGAAUCGCGAGGCGCUGGAAGCACGCGGCAGCAAUCUGGAAUUUGAAUUAUGUCGCUUGCAAUUUGUCUGGCUCUACCAUGGCAAGUCGGAUACGCCGGUGGACAACCAUAAUCCCGGCAACUGGAGCGCGGCCAUGGCCUACGCCAAGCGGGAGUUCCAUACUUUUCUACCGCGAUACCUCCGUGAGGUGCAGCAGUUGAUGGGAGCCAUGGCCUUUUGCCCGAACCUGCAGGGCUCGCCGUAUUCGGCGAUUUUCAACAAUCCGUCGGCGUGGGAUGAUGUGGCCCAGUUCUUUACUCGCGAGUUUUGUUCGUUGCUGGGUCUGUCGGCGGACUCGCCGCUUUACAUUGCCGCAACCGCCGGCGCAAUUGCGCUGCCUACACUUCUGAAGCUGCAGACGAUUAUGAAGGCAAAGCGCACGGAGUGGACGAGUGAGAACGAGCUACCGGUCGAAAUCUCACUUCCACCGUCAUAUCUCUUCCACUCGAUCUUCGUCUGCCCCGUUUCCAAGGAGCAGGCCACUGAUGAGAACCCGCCCAUGAUGAUGCCAUGCGGGCACGUCAUCGCAGAAGAGUCUCUUAAACGACUCAGCAAGGGCAGCCGGUUCAAGUGUCCCUACUGCCCGAACGAGAGCCACAUGAAAGACGCCCGGAAGGUGUUCCUCUGACGAGCUGGCUCGUCAAGGUUUUUCCCUUUUCAUCAUUCCCGGGUCUGCCGUCUACGAGUCAUUUCUGAAUCGGCGUUGGGGGACAAUAUCGGCGUUUCAUCCAGAUGUUUUCUUCAUUGUUCUGUUUGUUUUUCAGAUUCCACCAUUCUUCUUCCCUUCCUCAAUCCGUGUCAUUUAUCUCCUUGGGUUCUUAUUCACCCAACACAUGGAACGUAGGCAAUGCCAGAUGAUCGGCCUCCACCAGGCCAACAUUUCAUUUCCCAGUCUCCACUUCAAGCGUCCCCCCUAAUCCGCCCAGGCAGCCUAAGUCCCCAAGAGACCCCCUGA